UCAGAGGACCGAGGUGGGACUUGCGCGCUCUUUCUUCUCCAAUCGUGGCUCGAGGGGCGGAGGCUUUUCCAUCCAUACUCUGAUUAUGAGUCAGUUACCAGACAUAAGCGAAACAAUAACUGUUGGUGGCUACUUUGUGCAAAUCCUUCACAGGCAAGUUGACUCUUUAUAGCGGUGCAGGAGUGGCCAAAGCCAAAAGCAGCGAUUCAGAUCAGAUUUCACCUCAACCAGCUGGGAGAGAGACCGAGAGAGAGUGCAGAUAGAGGGUUUGUCAGUCUCCCUCCUCCCAAAUCCAGAAAAGCUUACCAAGGAAAAAAAGAGGAGUGUCGGAGCUGAGAGAGACGCGAGGAAUCCAGAGGAAUUUCUGAGGAUAUUUUGUCUUCUUUUCUCCCUUCUAUUGAUAUAAUAAUUUAAAAGUUGGAGGGGAGGCAGCAGGGACCGUGGUCAAGGAUGGACGACCAGCCUCGGUUGAUGCACUCCCACGGGGUAGGCAUGGCCGGACACCCCGGCCUGGCGCAGCAUAUGCAGGAUGGCACGGCAGGGACGGACGGAGAGGGAAGAAAGCAGGACAUCGGAGACAUAUUACAGCAAAUAAUGACCAUCACAGACCAAAGCUUAGACGAAGCACAGGCGAGGAAACAUGCACUCAACUGCCACAGAAUGAAACCUGCUCUCUUCAACGUCUUGUGUGAGAUAAAGGAGAAAACAGUGCUCAGUAUCCGUGGUGCCCAGGAGGAGGAGCCUCCGGAUCCCCAGCUGAUGCGACUGGACAAUAUGCUGCUGGCAGAGGGUGUGGCUGGACCAGAGAAAGGUGGCGGGUCUGCAGCUGCAGCAGCCGCCGCAGCAGCCACCGGUGGCGUCGGUGCCGACAACUCAGCAGAACACUCUGACUACCGGGCCAAGUUGACUCAGAUCCGACAAAUCUACCACACAGAGCUGGAGAAGUAUGAACAGGCGUGCAAUGAGUUCACCACCCAUGUGAUGAACCUGCUGAGGGAGCAGUCUCGAACACGACCCAUCUCGCCCAAAGAGAUCGAGCGCAUGGUCAGCAUCAUCCACCGCAAGUUCAGCUCCAUCCAGAUGCAGCUGAAACAGAGCACCUGCGAGGCCGUUAUGAUCCUGCGCUCACGCUUUCUUGAUGCCAGACGAAAGAGGAGAAACUUCAACAAACAGGCAACAGAGAUCCUUAAUGAGUACUUUUACUCCCAUCUCAGUAACCCCUAUCCCAGCGAGGAGGCCAAAGAAGAACUGGCCAAGAAAUGUGGCAUCACCGUGUCACAGGUAUCAAACUGGUUUGGAAACAAGAGAAUCCGAUACAAGAAAAACAUCGGCAAGUUCCAAGAAGAGGCCAACAUGUAUGCGGCGAGGACUGCAGUCAAUGCAACCAGUGUGUCGGCUCAUGGCAGCCAGGCCAACUCCCCAUCAACCCCAAACUCAGCAGGUUCUGCUGGCUCUUUUAACAUGUCAAACUCCGGAGACUUGUUCAUGAGUGUACAGUCCCUCAAUGGGGACUCAUACCAAGGGGGGCAGGUUGGGGCCAACAUACAAUCACAGGUGGAUACCCUUCGCCAUGUUAUCAGCCAGACCGGAGGAUACAGUGACAGCCUCGCAGCCAGCCAGAUGUACAGUCCACAGGGCAUCAACGUAAGACCUACAAAUGGUGGCUGGCAAGAUGCUCCGACUCCUUCGUCAGUGACAUCACCCACAGAAGGACCCGGAAGCGUCCAUUCAGAUACUUCCAACUGAAUAUAUCCAUCUCUUCACCUCAUCCACAAAAAAACAUGGACUGAUGUUGCUUUUCACAGUAUUAAACAAAGGAGUUCACUGUUCCACAGUUCAGCGAGGUCCUGUGAAAUCCUAACCUGAAAAAUGAAAUAACAUUUCCUCUGCUUGUAACGUUGGACUUUUGGGAUACAAGAAGUUUCACAAUGAAAAACAAAACAACACUUGCAAUCAAAGGAGAGUUUGUACAGAUUUCACAUUAUAAUCAGAGGGCUGGGGUUCCUUAUUCACUCGUAAUGCUUUCACUCAUUAUGAUGAAAUGAUAAGAUAAAGUAAAUAAAUAAAAUCAUUGGUUUCAACUGAAAAUACUUCAUUCUACCUCUCAGCCACUAAGAAGAGUAGAAAAAUUGUCAGUGACCAUGUUUUUGUAAAAAUGAAACUUUUGUCUUUGCAAGCAAGAGGCACAUCUUCUUAUUUACAUUUUGUUGUCUUUCACCUAUCCUAUGGUACGCCAUUUAGACUUAAAUAUUGCUCAGUUGUUUACAAUGUGUGCUCGAUAAAAGUAUGUUCAUCUUCCCCCCCCUGUCUCCGACAAGUCAAAACUGAGUUCUGUCAGGAGAUUUUUACCUCUAAGGUAACCCUGUGAAGUAUGUUAUCUGUAAAACAAUAAAUAAAUACUUGUCAUCAAAUGAGACAAGCUUGACAUCAUUCAUUAAGAAACAAGAGGUUUCAUCUUAAAUUGUUUCACACAAUGCUGGCUUUGGAUCUGCAGCAUGUUGGUGGAGUGACUGUUCCAGAAAAAGCUGAAAAUCUGAUGUUUUGUUGAUCUUUGCUGGACGAGGAGAAACAUUUGUGAUUUUUUUGUUCAUCAUCACAGCGACAGAAGGUUUGACAAUGCUAAAAUGCUUAAAUACCAAAACAAAACCACUCUCUUAGCAUUUAGUUUUGCAAAAAAAAGAAAUGAAUCUGAAUCGGCUGAUCUUAAACAAAGCACUGAUGCUGCACGCCAGCGAAUAAUUCACAGAAAGGAACAUGAAAAGAAAACAUCAUUCUCAGUACAUAAGAAAGUUUGUCAAGGAUGUCUGUAACUGAGUUUUCAAUACAUGAAGCCACAAUCCACUUAAACAGGGAAGUCAUUAUGUUAAUAGAGUUUUACGUGCUUCCACAGUGGAUCUUUGCUCCUGAAUCCACAGCGCCGCUCCAGAGACGUUUGAAGCUUGAAGCCACUUGUCAUCGUCAGAAAAGAAAGACACGCGAUGAGCCUGAACUGCUGCUCAGCGGGAAGACAUGAUGUUACAUACCAUAUUUUGUUGAUCGGUGUCCUGUACUAAGUGUUUAUUUACUCAAAAAUCAGUCUAUGACUCAACUGACACCAAAAGAAAUGAGUUUAUGUUUGUCUCAUUGCUGUCAGACUGAUUUUUGUUGGUAUCAAACAUGUAUGAACAAAUUUGAGCAAGCAUUAACAAUAUGUCAAAUUACAUGUUUUCUGAGCAAUCUAACAUUGUUUAUGGUUUUUUUUAUGUGGCUUAUUUGUGUUUGUAUUUGGUUUUUUUUGUUUUUGUUUUUUUUAAUGGUUUGCUUAAUGUAGGCUAUUAAUGUUCUUUUGUUUUUCUUCCCCUGUUCUUGUAAAUUAGCUCAUGAACUUCAAAAUGUGUUUAUGUGCACCGUUGUGCUUGACUUGCCUUGUUGGAAAGGGUUUUCAACACAUUAAAAUUAUAUGUAAUACA